AUGAAAACCAGGUUAGCAUUUCGAGAAGAUACUCAAGAUUUCAAGUUUUCAAUGAUUCUUCCUUCAGAUCAUCCUGUUGUUACAAGUUUGAUUAUAUCUAAACAUAAAGAACUCUUGCACUGUGGUAUUCAGACGUUAAUUGCAAGACUUCGAGAAAAAUAUAGGAUUUUGAAGGCCAGGAAAACAAUUAGAAAGGUUAUACGUAAAUGUGUUAUCUGCAAAAGAUUCAAUGCCAGAUAUAUUGAAGUAAUGUUUGCUCUUCUGCCUGAAGAUCGAAUCAAGGAUGCUUUUUGUUUUGAAGUCACUGGAAUAGAUCUGGCUGGACCAGUCUUCUUGAGAGAUGGAAGCAAAUCAUGGAUAGUUUCAUUUACUAGUUCAGUAUUCCGGGCUGUGCAUCUGAAACUCGUCGCUUCUACGUCUACUGAUAAAUUUUUACUUGCACUAAGAAGAUUUAGAGCUCGGCGAGGGAUGCCGGCUAUCUUAUAUACAGAUAACUGUAAAAACUUUGUGGGAACCGAACACCUUCUAAAAAGGGUUAACUGGGAUCAAGUUGUUACUUAUGGAGCUGCAAGUAGAAUCAUUUGGAAAUUUAUACCUCCAUCUUCACCUUGGUAG